ACUGCGACGACUGAACGUAUGUGUUUUGUUUCAUGUUGUUUUAUUUGUGCGUUGAGCACAACGCAUUCUCAUUUUAACCAGGUUUUUUUAUUUGCACGACGUUAAUAUUUGAACUUUCUUGUUGUACGAGAGUAAGCGUUGUUACUCCAUUUUCAAAAACGUUUCUACCCGCGAAAUUUACUUUCACGAGUUAAAGGAUGACUGACACAGAAAGGAGAACCAUUGAUGCUGAUCCCAUAGAGUGCAGCAGUAAAAAGAAAGACACAGAGAGGAAGAAGAGAUCUCGGGUGAAACAGCUGCUGGGGGAUGUGAAGAAGCAAGUGGAGUUCUGGUUCGGAGAUGUAAACCUUCACAAGGACCGAUUUCUGAGAAAAUUAAUAGAUGAUUCUGGUGAUGGAUAUGUUGAUAUCUCUGUGUUGACGAGCUUCAAUCGAAUGAAAAAGCUGACCUCAGACACCAGGCUGAUUGCCAGGGCACUGAAAAAUUCAUCUGUGGUUGAGGUCAAUUUAGAAGGCAAUAAAGUACGACGUCAGCUUCCAAUCGGAGAUGUUCCAAAGGAUACAGAUAGCCGCACGGUCUAUGUGGAACUAUUACCUAAAGAUGUGUCCCACAGCUGGAUAGAAAGGGUUUUCACAAAAUGUGGGAAUGUGGUCUACAUCAGCAUCCCCAGAUACAGGACUACUGGAGAGCCGAAGGGUUUUGCAUUUGUUGAAUUUGAAAAAUUGGAACAGGCACAGAGAGCCAUAGAGAUGCUGAAUAACCCACCUGAAGAUGCCCCUAGAAAACCUGGGAUUUUCCCCAAGACUAAGAAUGGGAAGCAUAUUCCUCUGCCAGUUUAUAAUCCACCAUCAGGUGAAGAAGAGGAGAAGAAGAAGAAGAAGAAGAAGAAAAAAAGGGACAGUACCACAAGCCAUAAAUCUGUGGAGGAAGUUAAACCACAACUGAUGGAGACGCAACCAUCGGAACGAAAAAAGAAGCAAUCUGCAGCGAGGGAUUUGGAACCAGAGCUUGUCGUCACCACAAAGACUGUUGUUAAAGUGUCAGAGAAAAAAAGACGAAGGUCUCAGACUGUGGAGGGAACUGACACUGAGCUGCCCUCUAAGAUAAGAAAAACUAGUGAAAGUGAAUCUGGAGUCAAGGAGAAAAAUGUUGCUGAUCAACCUAAGGAUAAGGAUGAUGUGGAAAAAGAGAUGGAGGAAGGGAAAGAAAACAAAGAUGAGUCAACAGUAAAAUCAAAGAGGAAGAGAAAGAAGAUGCACAAGGAAAAGCUAAAAAUCGGAGAGGAAGUCAUCCCACUGCGGGUUCUUUCAAAGAAAGACUGGCUGAAGCUUAAAGAGGAGUACUUGUCCCUGCAGAAGUGCAGCAUGGCGUCUUUGAAGAGGUGCAUCACUAAGAUUGAUCACAAGGGCAACUCGGCUCUGAUGGAGACAGAGUCACGUACACAAGAUGCAAAUGACAAAGGUGACACGAGCGAAAAAGCAGCCAAUCAGGGCCCUCAAUUUACCAGCGGCGUCAUCAUGAAGAUCAUGGACAGCAAGCCUCUCCCAGGCAGAAAGUUCAUCAAAGAUUCUUUGGGAAAAAUAUCGCCUGUAGCCUACGUUGACUUCUUGGAGGGAGAUUCGGAGGGCCACAUUCGUUUUGAAACACCAGAGGGAGCCAAAGCAAUUUUUGACGUCAGAACGAAACUCCAGAAAGAGCACAGUUGGACACUAGAAAUACUCUCUGGUGACCACGAACAAAGAUACUGGCAGAAAAUCCUAGUGGACCGGCAAGUGAAGUUAAAUCGUCCGAGAGAGAAAAAGAGGGGCACGGAAAAGCUCAUAUCCAAAGCGGAAAAAAUCAUUAUCGCCCGAGCCAAGGAAACUCAUAAGCACAUCCGUUUUCAAGAGGACUGAGAGCAUCUGAAGCUGUAAAUGUUUUGUAUCUUAAUUAAAUUGAAUUAGUCGUUGUGUCAUUUGAGGGUGUAUUUUAGUGUCUUUAGAUGGAAAGAAAAGAAAAUUGGUUAAAAUGUCCUCUUAGCUUUCAUUUGCACUGAUAUCCCUCUGAACUUUUGUUCUUUUUAAAGGAAUAUUUCUGAAUUCUAAA